GAUGAUAUAAAGCUAAUGAAAUUUGAAGGAUUGAAUGGUUUCAGAUUUUCCAUAUCUUGGUCAAGAGUUUUACCAUAUGGGAAGCUUUGUAGAGGAGUAAAUAAACAAGGCAUUGCCUUCUAUAAUAAUCUUAUCAAUGAGCUCCUAGCUAAAGGUAUACAACCUAUGGUUACCCUAUUCCAUUGGGAUCUACCCCAAGUCCUUGAAGAUGAGUAUCUUGGCUUUCUAAACACACAAAUUAUUUAUGAUUUUCAAGAUUAUGCAGAAUUGUGUUUCAAAGAAUUUGGUGAUAGAGUUAAACUUUGGACCACAAUAAAUGAACCAAGUGGCUAUGCAAUUACUGGUUAUGACAUUGGUAUUUUUCCUCCUAUGAGAUGCUCUUCUUGGAGGACCACUGCUUGUUUUGCUGGUAACUCUUCCACUGAGCCUUACAUAGUUGCCCAUCAUUUGCUGCUUGCUCAUGCACAAACAGCCAAAUUAUACAGAGACAAAUAUCAGGUAUCGCAGAAAGGGGAGAUUGGGAUAGUACUAGUGGCUAGUUGGUUCGAGCCCUAUUCCAAGAGGAUGAAAGAUAUAGACGCAACACAACGAGCCAUCGACUUCUCGCUCGGAUGGUUUAUACAUCCAUUAAUAUAUGGUAAUUAUCCAGAAAUUAUGUGCAAAAUCGUGGGAAAUCGUUUACCAAAAUUCACAAUAGAAGAAGCUGAGAUGGUGAAGGGUUCCUCUGAUUUCAUAGGACUAAAUUACUAUACAACAAUGUAUGCAGCAAAUCUUAAUGUUACUCCAAAUAAAGAAAAUAUUAGCUACCUAUCAGAUUUUCAAGUAAAUCAAACAGUGGAAAGAAAUGGCAAGCUUAUUGGUGAACCGACAGGAUCGGCAGUUUUCCAUGUUGUCCCAAGAGGAAUUUUAGAAGUUCUUGUCUAUACAAAAGAAAAGUACAAUAAUCCAAAAAUUUACAUAACAGAAAAUGGUAUGAGUGAUGCAAAUGUUACAAUGGUUGAGAAAGGAGUGAAUGACUUGCAAAGAGUGGAUUUCUUACGUCGCCAUUUGUUGGCCCUUAAAGCAGCCCUUAAGAAGGGUGUUGAUGUAAAGGGGUACUUUGCGUGGUCAUUUUUGGAUAAUUUCGAAUGGAGUUCAGGAUAUACUCAAAGAUUUGGUCUUAAUUAUGUUGAUUACAAUCAUAAUUUAAACAGAUAUCCAAAACGUUCUGCUCUUUGGCUCAAGAAAUUUCUUCUUAAUUAAAUAUAAAAUUAACAAGUGUAAGAUUUAAAUGACA